AUGACCAGUCAAUCCGAGCCAGAGCUGUUCCGUGAGAUUUGCAGUAGAGCAAAACGAAUCGAGCAGCUCUAUGUCUUCCUGCCUGUUUGUUGGCGAAAGUCCAAGUUCAUGAUAUUCGAUCUCAAGAAUGCCGCGCAGUACAACGGAACAGAGUGCAUAGCAAAGGGAGUAGACCCCGGAUCAGGGAGGAUCAUGACAAGGCUUCUCAACCAAGAUCAGAAUGAGUUGCUGAUCAAGCACGAGAACCUUCAACUUGUGAACCUGAACCUCGACGAGAAGAGCGAGCCGGUCCUUUGUAAGGCCAAGGAAAGGCUGAGCGUGUCCUCGUCAACUUCCGUGCCCAUGACCAGGGAAGGGCUGGCCAGCUCGAUUGUGAACCUGACGCAAGGUCUGCUGGACGUAACCUUUGCGAUUGAGAACAACAUGGUGGAUGACGACUUCUCGAACAAAUCGCUCUUCAGGGAGAUCCUGAGCACCCUCAAAGGGGUCGAGGACCUGUGCUUAAAAUACUGCGCUUGCUUCGGGGACAAGCCCUCCAACGGGACGGAGGCCAUGAAGGAGGUUCUAGGGGAUGGCAUGGCAGAGUGCGUUCACUGGAGGAGGGGAGCUCUAGCGUAUAUGUUCACGGCGGUGGAGGCAAACUUUCAGCACGAGCUGGAACUUUCCUUGAUCGAAGAAGGCCUCGAACAGUUCGAGAGCAUGCUCGGGACCCGAGGAAAGAAAUACCAGGAGGAUGCCGAUGACUGUGAAGGCAACGAGGAUGUUCGAGAGAUGCUGAAGAACAGUAUCCUAAGUGAUACUCACCUGCUAUCUGUCGUCUACUCGGGGGAGAUGUGCUAUUGGGCUUGGAAGGAUCAGAACGUUUCUGCUUCAAGCGAGGACGUCAAGACUUCAUUCAGGGCCAGGGCAGUAAGUUUUCUGAAGAAGUAUCUCCAUAUUGUCAGUAUCAUGACCAAAGCCGGUCCCAACUCUGUCGGGUCUGGAUGGGAUACAACAAGAGCAGAAUCCUUGAUUAGUGAGUUGCAAGGCCAAUGA